UGGGGCACGCCGGGCCCGGCGGGGAGGGCCUUCGGCGGUGUCCCUCCUGGGAACUGGGGAGACUGAGGCCCGAAGGCAGGGCGGAGGGGGCGCUCGUCGCCGCCCCGGGUCCCCGCCCCACCACCCAACUUGGAGUAGUCCCCGGGGCAUCCUGCCUCUGCGGUUCUGCCCCCUGUAUCCUGUGCGGCUGUUGCCCCUCCAGCCCCAACUCCACCGUGAGCCGCUUACUCUUCACCAGCUUCCUCUUCCUGGGGGUGCUGGUGUCCAUCAUUAUGCUGAGCCCCAGUGUGGAGAGUCAACUCCACAAGCUGCCCUGGGUGUGUGAGGACGUCUUGCAAGGCCCCAACGACUGUGGCUCCCUGCUGGGCUUCCGCUCCGUCUACCGAAUGUGCUUUGCCACGGCCGCCUUUUUCUUCCUUUUUACUCUACUCAUGAUUUGUGUGCGCAGCAGCAGGGACCCCCGGGCUGCCAUCCAGAAUGGAUUUUGGUUCUUUAAGUUCCUGGUCCUCGUGGGCAUCACCGUGGGUGCCUUCUACAUCCCUGACGGCUCCUUCUCCAAGAUCUGGUUCUAUUUUGGCGUCGUGGGCUCCUUCCUCUUCAUCCUCAUCCAGCUGAUCCUGCUUAUUGACUUUGCCCACUCUUGGAACCAGCAGUGGCUGGGCAAGGCCGAGGAGUGCGACUCCCGUGCCUGGUACGCAGGCCUCUUCUUCUUCACCCUUCUCUUCUACGCCCUCUCCAUUGCUGCCAUAACACUCAUGUUCAUCUAUUACACCGAGCCUGGCGCCUGCCACGAGGGCAAAAUCUUCAUCAGCCUCAACCUCACCUUCUGCGUCUGCGUCUCCAUCAUUGCUGUCCUGCCCAAGGUCCAGGAGGCCCAGCCGAACUCAGGUCUGCUGCAGGCAUCAGUCGUCACACUGUAUACAAUGUUUGUCACCUGGUCAGCUCUGUCCAACGUCCCUGACCAGAAGUGUAAUCUUCACCUGCCGACCGCGGGGGGCAACCAGACGCUCGGGGACUACCAGACGCAGUGGUGGGACGCCCCAAGCAUCCUGGGCCUCAUCAUCUUCCUCCUUUGCACUCUGUUCAUUAGUCUUCGUUCCUCAGACCACCGGCAGGUGAAUAACCUGAUGCGGACAGAGGAGUGCCCAGCCGUGCUGGAGGCCACACAGCAGCAGCAGCAGGUAGCAGCCUUUGAGGGCCGAGCCUUCGACAACGAGCAGGAUGGGGUCACCUACAGCUACUCCUUCUUCCACUUCUGCCUCGUGCUGGCCUCUCUGUACAUCAUGAUGACGCUCACCAACUGGUACAGCCCCAAUGAGACGCAGAAGAUGAUCAGCACGUGGACCGCCGUGUGGGUGAAGAUCUGCGCCAGCUGGGCAGGGCUGUGCCUCUACCUGUGGACCCUGGUGGCUCCCCUGCUCCUGCCCAACCGGGACUUCAGCUGAGGAGGCACCCUUGCAGCCUGCCCACUCGGUGCAUCAUGGCUCAGUGACAGCCAGUUUUCCCCUCCCCACGCCAGUCAGUGAAGCUGAGCCCACCCACCCUCCUCCAGGACAGCCAGAGCCAAGUGCCCGCCAUUCUUAGUGCCUUCAGGGUCUGAGCAACAUCAGGCUCCUGUCUGAGCUCCACCCUCCUGCUACCCCCAGACCACGAGCUGCCUCUUCCUUCCCUGCCCCUCGUCACCCACACUUGCCCUCUUGGGACAGACGGGCCCCUGUUCUUAUGCUCCCCGAGAGAGGGGCUGAAGGGGAGAACUGGUCAGAGCCACUCAGAAGGCCAUGAACACUGAGCACUCUGAAUGCUCAGCCCUGAGACUGGGUCUUCCUGGACCAUGUGCCUUACUGAGCCUCCAAGACUUUGCCUAAUAAACAAGCCUGUGCGUGUGC